CAACAACACAAAGUAGACCUUAAAACACAGUUUCAGAAGGAGAAGUGGGAAAGAAAUGAAAAUAGAAACAGAUGAAAGUUUAAAAGACUGAAUAUAGGAAGGCGGCUGAAAUAACUUCCUCUUACUCCUCCUUCUGCCUCUUCCACACCCCCUUCCAUCUCCUACCAUCCAAUUCUCAUCCCCAUCGAACGCUCAUCAACGCUCUAAUAACUCACCUCCAUCACCGAUCGAGUCGCAUACAUCCCUCAAACCCUGCUCUGUCUGUCUGAGGUGAAUGAAGCUACUUUAAGGGAGCUCAGCGGAGAUGUUGGCAGGUGCGUUAGUUCUGGGCACCAUCCUUACAGCUUUACCAGGUAUCCAGAGCAGGUGGAGUGUGUCAUUUUCUCGGAGGGAGAUCUGUGUGUGGGCAGGAACAACUGUCACUCUGCCCUGCCGUUAUGAUUACCCAUCAGGUCACACUGUGAAGCGGGUCAUGUGGUUCCGUGUGUCUGCUGAUGGUCGCAGGGAGUUCACUCACCACACCGACCCGAACGAGGUCAGCCUGUCAUAUCGCGGACGCACACGCUACAUUGGGGGCAGCUACUCUAGCUGCUCUGUCCAGAUUCGGGUUGUGAAGCUGACUGAUGCAGGCCAGUACCACUUCAGGUUUGAGACAGACCAACCACUGGGGAGAUGGACCUCCCCGAACACCAUCACUCUCCAUGUAACAGAACUCCAGGUCCAGGUGCAUCCAGCAAGACCCGGCAACAUGUUUGGCCUCGGAGAGACUGUGUUUGUAGGCUGCCAGGCGACAGGAUGUGCUGCUGCAGGAAGGAGCCUUGCACUGUACAGGAAUGGACUAAAUCUCGGCUCCUAUGAGAAAUGGAUGAUUAUCAACCGCUUUGACCAGCAGCAUGCUGGAACGUACGCCUGUCGACCAAUCCCACCACAGAAUGUACAGUCUCCGCCACUCACGGUAGCUCUGGGAUAUGGUCCCCACUCCACCUCCAUAGCAGUGUUCCCAGUUGGGGAGGUGUCAGAGGGGGAGUCAGUCGCUCUUAUUUGCAGUAGUGCCGCAGCUCCACCUGUAGAGAGCUUUGCAUGGUUCAAAGACAUGGAGAGUGGCAGCAUCCCAGACAGUUUUAGGCCUCAGCUCCGCCUGUCCCACCUCAAAUACACAGACAGAGGAGAGUACUUCUGUGUAGCGCGCAACUCACUGGGAACAGACCGCUCCAAACCACUUCAGCUCAAUGUCACUUACUCUCCAAAGAACACGCGUGUGCUGGUGAGUCCUCCAGCUGACAUCAGAGAAGGCUCAUAUGUAAACCUGAGCUGCGUCAGCCACGCCCACCCUCCUGCCAGCAGGUAUGCUUGGUAUCGUAUCUUAGGCGACCAGGUGUUGUCUAAAGGAACCUUCCAGAACCUGACGUUCCCCUCAGUGCGUGCUCACCUUGCUGGUCAGUACUACUGUACGGCGUGGAACCGCUUAGGAUACCAAACCUCCCCUGUUGCUACACUCUCUGUACUUUACCCUCCUAAGAACACCUCAGUUCUUGCUCGUCCCUCUGGUGUGGUGGAUGCUGGCCGACCUUUGACCUUGACCUGCAGCAGUCAGGCCAACCCGGCCGUGGACAACUUCACAUGGCACCGCUUAGCUCUGGACGGUGGCUCUGUACAAUCGUGGGGCAGCAAGUCCGGUCCUGUGUUCACCUUCUCGGAGGUCGGCCCUCGAGAGAGCGGCCAGUACUACUGUGAGGCCAGGAAUCGAAUCGGAGUCCACAGCUCUCCUGUCCUCACUGUACGAGUCAGAGGUCGUCUGAAGGUCAUUGCCCUGGCGUCAGCAGUAGGGGUGUCUGCUGGACUCAUCACUCUCACAGUGGCCAUUAUGAUCAGUAAGAACAUGCACAGAGUCGACAUGGAGUCAGGAGAAGUAGCAAACAAGCGUCCGUCAGUGACCGCUGACACCAUGUUCUAUGAGACAGCCCAGCAGACCUUUCCAAUGAGAAAGUGCAAGAUGUCCGACAUACCGGAGGAGCCGGAGGACUUGAGUGACAGCGCCCACCCCGCAAUCGUUCCUCUGAUUGACGCUCCACCAAUCACAGAAGUUGAAAGCCCCGCCCCCAACUACUUCACUGUCCACUACUCCAAGUUGUCCAGUGUGGACCAGGUGCAGGUCCACAACCUGCCACUGGGUGGUGAUAAGAAGCCGAAGGAUUCCUCCAAAGUUGUUUACACUUUACUGCACCAGCCUCGCCACUGACCGGGAGCAGAAAAAAGCAAAUCAGCUGAACAACACAUCAGUCUUCCUCAUGUGAAUCAAUCAAUCACUUUACUUUACAUUCACAUUGUAGGACAGGAGACGACUCCUAGUGACCUUUGAUGACGCCUUACGCUGUUCUGGGUCUGACGUGUCGUUAUGGAUUCUCCGUAGUUCACCAACAUGCGGUCCUGUUGCUGACUGGGAGUCCAGCUCCUAAACCGUGUCGCAUGUCUUUUCCUCUUUUUCUAUGCAUCUUACCACUGUAUGCUGCCUGAUGAAGCAGAACUGCUUCAAAAUAUUACAAAAGUAAAAUUCACCCUGUUGGCCAUUAUGCUUGCAUCCAUAUCCACAGUACAGGCUAUAUCUACCGUUGCUCCUUAGUUCAUAGCUGACACUGAAAUACAAGUAAAUGUAGAUGACACAGUAUGAUGGUACUACAGCACUAUUUGCAUCCUCUGACCAUUGAAACGUGAUAACCAUUUGUAUUCAAACAUAAUUCCAAUAAAAAUGAAACUCGAAGACGAAUUAGUGGAAGAAACCUGUAGAAGAGUAUUUGCAAUAUUUGACAUGUAUGAAUUUCCACACUGUAUUCAACAAUGUUCUAAAUCUAACAGCUUUAUUUUGAUUGCUGAUGCUGCAACAUUUAUUCAGUUGAUAUAACUUGAUUCCAUUAAAUCAGUGUCAAAGCCUGCAAUAAUGCAACAUGACAUGCUUUAGUUUGUUACAUAAGAUUGUUUAAGUUUGUUAAGAUAAAUAAAUGAACAAAUCUUGUAGCUUGAAUGUGUGUUGAAAUUGUGCAACAACUAAAAAUGAGUUUAAGCGUCAGGUAAGUGUAGUCAGCAGUGAGAAUAGAGGGAUACAACAUUUGGAUCCACGUUUGGAUGAAUUCCAUCAGAUUUUUAAGAACGAUCUUCUCUCAAGUAAAGAAGGCUUUGAUAAAUGCAUCAGACAGUCAUUGAAAUCAACCAAACCUAAGCCAUGUUAACUUAAAAGUGUCUUUGAUUCCAGUAAAAGUGACUUACAGUAAAUGUUAUCUGUUUUUUUGCUGAAGAUGUUAAACAAGAUAUGGAGUCCUGACAGUGAUUCAUGUUUGGGUACAUACCAGCUUUGCUAACAAAAACAAUAUUGUGGCAAUAAAGACAUGUUAUCAAAAACA